AGGCUAGUAUGGUCCCCUGACGAGAAAUACAUGCCAUCGCCGUUAAUUCAACGGCCCGUUUAUCUCACUCUGGAUGCGGAGCAAUUCAUCCAUUUAUAGAAAACAAACUCAGUCGAUCACGAGGCGGAGUAACGCGCGCUGCAUGACCUUGCAUUGAAUGUCAUAAUAGACGGAUUUUUUUUUUAAACCACCGACACGGUCAUCGGCCACAGCCAUGGAGAUUGUCACACAUUUAAUAAAUGACACCAUAGAAUUCUACAAAUGGACUCUAACUAUUGCAGACAAGCGGGUGGAGAAAUGGCCUCUGAUGGACAACCCCCUGCCCACGCUGGCCAUCAGCACCUCCUACCUGCUGUUCCUCUGGCUGGGGCCCAAAUACAUGAAGAACAGAGAGCCCUUCCAGCUUCGCAAAACCCUCAUUGUCUAUAACUUCAGCAUGGUCUUCCUCAACUUCUUCAUCUUCAAAGAGCUGUUUAUGGCAGCGCGAGCGGCAAGCUACAGUUACAUUUGCCAACCGGUGGACUAUUCAGACGACCCCAAUGAAGUCAGGGUUGCAGGAGCUCUGUGGUGGUAUUUCGUCUCCAAGGGCAUCGAGUAUCUGGACACUGUGUUUUUCAUCCUGAGGAAAAAAUUCAACCAGGUUACCUUCCUGCACGUCUACCACCACUGCACCAUGUUCACGCUCUGGUGGAUUGGCAUCAAAUGGGUGGCAGGAGGGCAGUCAUUCUUUGGUGCACACAUGAACGCAGCAAUCCAUGUCUUGAUGUACCUUUAUUAUGGCCUAGCCUCCUGUGGUCCUAAGAUCCAAAAGUACCUGUGGUGGAAGAAGUACUUGACCAUCAUCCAGAUGAUCCAGUUCCACGUCACCAUCGGCCACACGGCCUUGUCCCUUUACGUCAACUGUGACUUCCCCCACUGGAUGCACUACUCCCUCAUCUGCUACGCCAUCACCUUCAUCGUACUCUUCGGCAACUUCUACUACCAGACCUACCGCCGCCAGCAGCCCAGACGUGACGCCGCCUCCUCCUCCUCCAAAGCAGGCAAAGCCCUCUCUAAUGGGACCCUCAAUGGCUUCAGCAAGGCCGCUAAUGGAGCAGUGGUGAUGGGGAGCAAAGAGGAGAAGCCCCAGGAAAACUCCGGGAGGAGAAAGAGGAAAGGAAGAGCUAAAAGAGAUUAGAAGAAGAUUAAGGAGAGAGGUAAAGGUGAGGUAGGGCCUUGCUUUGGGUUCUAGGUUUAUAGUGCUAAAACAUGAAAGACUUAAUUUGAGGAAGAUAUAGAUGGAUGGAUGAGUUACAGUGUGAUGUGUUUAUUUAAGCCAUGAUCUGAGUUGUUGUAGAUACAUUAUGAGACAGGCCUGUGUUGAGAGAGGAUCGUUCUGUCAGUAAGAGGUGUCAAAGGUCACGCCCAAGGCGACCGUUAUCACAACUAACCCAAAAUACAGUAGUGUCUGGUACGGGAUAGAUCUUAGUAUUCCUUCUCUUUAUUGUGGUGCCAGGUACGGUAGAUCUUGUUCAAAAAGUGACUUUCAGCGACUAACAACUGAGCCUGUGAAAGAAACAAAGAGUUCACUGAGCCCAUUUGGCUUGCUGAGAAAGCUGCAUUAAAUCUGCCUGAGCUGCUUGAAAAAGAUGAUGUACCAUUAUUGUUAGCGACCACUGCUUUACUGAGACAGGAAUACACAACAUAACACGCACACAAACAUCUCUAUUUAUAUUUGAGCUUCUUAUUUUUUGUUGUCCACCUUUACAGGUAUAAAGCUGAUGAUAAUGUACAGUAUCAAGUCAUUUUUGUCCUCAUCUUAUUCAAGCUAUUAUUGAUGUUAUGUGACAGAGACUUAAGUUUACAAUACAUGUGGACGCUUCUGCAGUUAUCCACACUUGUGUGAAGAUGGAGUUAUUUAUUCUUAUUAAUUUCAGGUCAUGGACUCAGCUGUCACUCACCGUUUUGCUUUCAUUCACUAGCGCAGUUACGUAUAUUCUACAGAAGGACAAUAAAUCAAUAUCCAGCGGUAAGGUGUAUGUAGGAAUAGAAAAAAAAAACUUCUAAUCCUUUGAGACUUGUGAUGUAAUUGUUCCAUCACUGGUUUAAGAUGGAAUAAUCAUCCACUGUGGCUCACUGAGGAUUAACAAUAUGUGAACAUUUUCUAUUUCUGUAUGCAUUACAGGUUUUGUAUAUCCCUAAUUGUAUGUAAUGUGAUGAAAUGUAAUGAAUAUUAUCCAGAGAAAUUAUGGAUCCGAUGAUUAUCUCAAUGUCUCCCCCCUCUGACAGAGAACUUGUCUAAGAUGUUUGCAGAUGUUUACCUGUCUUUUUAUAUCCUCUCUGAUGUUGUUGUUUGUCUUACACGCUGGUGAAAAUGUCGUGUGCCGAACAAAGAAGCGAUGGAGUUUUGGGUUCCUUUUGUGUUUACAGAGAAUUCAGAAGUAGCUUACACUUUUAUCAAGUUAACUAAACCUAUUUUAAGCACCAUUUUCUUCCCAUAUUCAAUCAAAUAUCUUUUAAUGUCUAAGUUUUCAGGCUUAAUCUGUGUCCUGAACUGGCUUGAAUGUAAAUUUAUCAGGGGAAAAAAAUUGGAAUUUAAAAAUAUAAAUGAAAAGUUAUGAUUUAUAUACAAAAAGAGCUGGUGAACCUCUAUAGUGACUGUGUAUGUUAAACCACUAUGAAGAAUAACUUUGCUCUGCCUGUAGAAUAUAGAGUAUAAAUCAAUGGUUGGCUCUAUAUCAGCAAAUCCAGCUUUAUGUCAUUCAUCAACAAAUGCAUUUUGAUGUUAUUUAUUGGUUGUUUUUAUUCAUUUCUUUUGUGUAAAUACUGAUUUUCAUCUAGCUGAGAGUGCUCGUCUGUGUAUUUGUGUUCUUUUUGUGUUGUACAUAUUACAUUGUGAUAUUUUGUACACUGCGCAUUUGGGAAUGUUCCCAGCUUGUUAGCUUGGACAUUUAUACGUCCACGUUGCUUCUGUGUUGUUGUUUUUUUUUCUUUUUAAACUAUCAUAACUUUGAGCUCUCUUCAAAUUAAAUUAAACUGAA